AUGAAAGAACCUGUCUAUUCAAUGGAAUUAGGAGAAUUGCCAGGUAGUUUAAUAAUUUAUUUGAAGGAACCAGACCAAGAAUACUAAGAAAAGGGAGAAACAUAGGUGCAUACAAAUUUAUAUAAGCGUAUCUUAGUAAUGAGAGUAUUCAUUAUAAAUUAUGA